AUGCAGAAUUUUGUGUUGGCGGAUAUUGAGAAAUUGUUAAUGAAUGUUGGUAAAAGUUUGUGUGAUUACCAUGGUAUGUCGUAUCUAGAAUCGCAGUAUUUUAAAACAUCUCAUAAUACAUUGAUCAGCGAUGAGUUGUGUUAUGAUCGUGAAGCUUUAAGAAGAGAACACUUGGAAUUUCUUUCGAAGUUCACGGAUGAGAAACUUCAUGUUCAUGAUACGAUAACGUCGUCUGUGAAUUCAACUGAAGGAAUAAUGUUUUUUGUUCAUGGUUAUGGAGGUACUGGUAAAACAUUCAUAUGGAGGUCUUUGUCAGCAGAGAUUCGUUCGAAGGGAGAUAUUGUGUUAAAUGUGGCGUCCAGUGGCAUAGCUUCUUUAUUUUUACCUGGAGAUGGUGAAGUCGUGAUUGAUCUUCCCUCUUACAUUGUACUGUCUAAUGCUGGAGAUCCUCUUAAAACCAUUGCUGGGAACAUAUAUCCUUCUUAUAUGGAUCUUGAAGAGUUGAGCAAUUGUUUACAUGAUCAUGCUAUACUUGCUCCCACGCUUGAUGUUGUCGAUGAGGUUAACCAGUUCAUGAUUUCAAUGGAUCAGUCUCAUGGUCAAGUAUAUUUGAGCUCUGAUAGCAUUUUAAAUUCAGAUUCCACGAAUGGUUCUGCUGAGAUACAUUAA